AUGGGUUUCUGGAUGCUGUGUUUCUGUUUUCAGUUUGAAGGUCAACCUCCAGUGUACGCAGAUGCCCUAGACUACCUCAACAUGAUAUUCACCGGUGUAUUUACGGUCGAAUUCAUUCUCAAGCUUACUGCUCUGGGAUUCAAAAAUUACUUCAACGAUCUUUGGAACGUCUUUGAUUUCAUUAUUGUGGUCGGAAGCUUCGUUGAUAUUGUACUCUCGCAUAUUGCGGAAAAUUCCAAGUUCUUCAGUAUAAAUUUUUUCCGACUUUUUCGAGUCAUGCGACUGGUGAAGCUUCUAAGCCGUGGCGAAGGAAUUCGAACUCUAUUAUGGACGUUUGCACUGCCUUAUGUGGCGUUGCUGAUUCUGAUGUUGUUCUUCAUCUAUGCUGUUAUUGGCAUGCAAAUGUUCGGUAAAAUUGCUCUCAACAACCCCGACAGUGCAAUUACCGUAAACGCGAAUUUUCAGACUUUUCCGCAGGCCGUCCUGAUUCUAUUUCGUUCGGCAACCGGUGAAGCGUGGCAGGAUAUUAUGUUCAGCUGUGCUGGCGAAGAAGAAGAAAGAACAGUUUGCGGAUCUGCCUUUGCGUACCCAUUCUUCAUUAGCUUUUACAUCAUUUGCUCCUUUCUGAUCAUUAAUUUGUUUGUGGCUGUGAUUAUGGACAAUUUUGACUACCUUACUCGCGAUUGGUCCAUUCUGGGACCUCACCAUCUAGACGAAUUUGUUCGACUCUGGUCUGAGUAUGACCCUGAAGCCAAGGGUAGAAUAAAACAUCUCGACGUGGUAACACUACUUCGUAAGAUCUCACCCCCAUUAGGGUUUGGUAAACUGUGCCCUCAUCGAACGGCAUGCGUGACAUUGGUGCGAAUGAAUAUGCCUCUAAACAGUGAUGGAACCGUCAUGUUCAACGCAACAUUGUUCGCACUUGUAAGGACGAACUUAAAAAUCAAGACAGAGGGUUCUACGCCAGAUCAGUUGAACGAAGAGCUGCGAGCUGUCAUCAAAAAGAUUUGGAAGCACACAAGCCCAAGGCUUCUUGAUCAAGUGGUUCCUCCAGCUGGUAGUAACGAUGACGUGACUGUUGGGAAGUUUUACGCCACGUUUCUCAUUCAAGAGUGGUUUCGUCGAUGGAAGUUGAAGAAAGCUGAAGAGCACAAGCACCUUCCUUAUGGUCAGACGCGGACUUCAUUUGUCCAAUCCGAUGAAGACAAGUGUGGUGGCUCAUCUGCGGGAGAUGAUAAGUCCCAGAAAAAGCACAAUUUCGAAUUAGUGAAAACCAAUAAUUUUGAGGCAACGUCAGAAAAUAGUAAAUUUUCAGAGGACAUUUCAUUGAAGCAGCCAUUUGAAAUGCGAAAAGAAGCAGAUGAUACUGCCAACAGUACUCGUGCGUGGACACGUGGUCACACUCCUCCAACGAACCAAAGAAAUGGACGCAUCGAUCUCCCCGUGAAACUAAACGCAAGCCAUCCUUCUCAACGGUACACCUACAUAAAGAAACUUGACCGUGGGAUGAAAUACUCUAACGAGUUAGAUGAUGAGGAGGAAGAUCAGGAAGAGAAAAGGGACACGCCACUUCUAUGGGCCUCGAAAAUAAAACAAAGAUACCCGCGUGUUUCAAAGGCCUCCACAACCAUUCCUACACUUCCCUAUCGAAGCGAAGAAGAGGAGGAGGACGGAACUGAAUUGGAUGCUUCUUUCUUCUCACGUGGAGACACACCCAGCCCUGCCCCUUCCAUAAGUUUCCGUUCUUCCGCGUAUGCACCGCCAUUUUGUGCGGGGCUGCCUAAGUGGUCUGAUGAAGGAGAACGAAGUUGUGAAUGGUCACGAGAGAGGCACCUGGUGGUGAUUAAAAUAGGUCCGUUUCAAGUAGACUGGAAGGAAGAGGUUAGGAAGUUUCAAAAGUUAGAUGAAACAGUUUCCAUGUAA